CAUACACCACUACUCAAAAAUGUUACCUCUUACCACUGAUGAGCUUCAUCUGUUCCACAAAACUGAUAGAGCUCUUUUUUGUAGAUUGAUGUUCAAGCAAAAUUUAAGCAUCACACAAGCUCUCCUAGUAAUGGGAGUGUGGUUUUGGCUUGAAUACACAAACUACCCUAACAUCAUUUCCACAAUGAUGCAGCUCUCUGACUCUUUGGUCAAGUCAUUAUCCAAUGAAGCUCUCACUUGCUUGGAUACAUUGGCAGCCUUUGAAAAUCCCCCUAUCCCAAAAGAUGGGGGUUUGCCCUUAACAAAGAUCCUAGUUCAAAAGGAUAUAUCCCUUAAGCUCUUCAUUAUGAAAAGAUACACAGCAAUAGCCGGAAUUAAGAGUGUCCUCAACAACAUUUGUGCUAGAGUUUUCAAGGAUAUAUUGCAAAAUAUUCUCAGCACCACAUAUUAUAAUUAUAAUUAUAAUAAUAAUUAUUAUUAUAAAUAUAAUUAUAAUUACACCAAUGUUGCUAGCACAUCAAGGGCUAGAAGUAGUAAUUCUAGGCCUUUUGUUGUGCCUGGUUUCCCACAUUCAUUAUUUGGUGAUUUCGUUGUGCCACAUGGUGUAGAGGAUCUUGAUUUGCUUGAUGCUAAGAUUUGGAGUAAUAAAGGACCUUGUGAUGAUGUUACUGAGGAAGAUAAGACUAUGUUCCUAACAUUUUCUAGGGGCUUCCCUGUGUCUGAAGAGGAGGUGAGGGAAUUAUUCAUAACGGACUAUGGAAAUGGUUCUGUGGUGGAAAUAGUUAUGGGAAAUUAUGAAGCAAAUAACCAAUCUAUGUUUGCAACAAUGGUUCUGAAUGGUGUGGCCAUGGUUGAUGAAAUUCUGCAAGGAUUACGUCUUGCCAAGUUGCGUGCAAAUGGAAAGGAUAUCUGGGUUCGUAAGUAUGAUCGCCGUAAUUAAUAAUUACUAAUAAUCAGUAUGGAGUGAUUUGAAUGUUUUGUACGUUUUAAAUUUACAUUAUUGUCCGUCACUAUAUAAAAUAAAAAAACGUACUAUGAAUAAAAAUAAUAAUAAUAAUAAUAAAAGAUAUGUGUUUAAUCAUGAAA